GGCCGAGGAGGACAAGCCCGAUUCAAAACCCCCGGUGGAGAUCGAGGUCGAGUACGUGGCGGAGGAGCCGGACCUCGCCGACGGCCUCCUCGCCGACUUCAAGACCAUCUUCGAGAAGUUCACCUUCAAGGACACCCCCGCCGCCGACGAGGAUGGGGAGAAGAAGGACGAGGCUGGCGCCGAUGCGGCCAAGAAGGGGUCCGGGUCUGAUUCGGACGACGAUGAGCAGGAUGCCCAGCAGAAGAAGAAGGAAGGAGGCAUCUCCAAUAAGAAGAAGAAACUGGAACAAAGGAUGAAGAUUGCAGAGCUGAAGCAGAUAUGCAACAGGCCUGAUGUCGUCGAAGUCUGGGAUGCGACUGCAUCAGAUCCCAAGUUACUUGUCUAUCUGAAGUCUUACAGGAACACUGUACCUGUCCCAAGGCACUGGUCUCAAAAGAGGAAAUUCUUGCAGGGCAAGAGAGGUAUAGAGAAGCAACCGUUCCAACUUCCUGACUUCAUUGCUGCAACUGGAAUAGAAAAAAUAAGACAGGCAUAUAUCGAGAAAGAGGAUAGCAAAAAGUUGAAGCAAAAGCAGCGGGAGCGUAUGCAGCCAAAAAUGGGGAAGAUGGAUAUAGAUUAUCAGGUUUUGCACGACGCCUUCUUCAAAUAUCAAACUAAACCAAAAUUGUCUAGUCAUGGUGACCUGUACUACGAAGGGAAAGAGUUUGAGGUCAAACUUAGGGAAAUGAAGCCAGGUAUGCUGUCCCGAGAACUUAAAGAAGCUCUUGGCAUGCCUGAUGGUGCGCCACCUCCAUGGCUUAUAAACAUGCAGAGAUAUGGUCCUCCACCCUCUUAUCCUUCGCUGAAGAUUCCUGGUCUGAAUGCUCCAAUUCCUCUUGGUGCUACUUUUGGUUACCGACCUGGGGAAUGGGGAAAGCCUCCUGUGGAUGAGCAUGGGCGGCCCCUCUAUGGAGAUGUUUUUGGCAUCCUACAGCAGGAUGAACCUAAUUAUGAUGAGGAGCCUGUUGACCGCAGCAAGCACUGGGGAGACCUGGAGGAGGAAGAGGAAGAGGAGGAAGAAGAGGAGGAGGAAGAGGAAGAUGAACCAAUGGAAGAUGAAGACAUGGAGGAAGGCAUCCAGUCUGUCGAAACCAUGUCAAGCACUCCCACUGGCAUUGAAACACCUGAUGCUAUUGAUCUUCGGAAGCAACAGAGGAAAGAGCCUGAAAGGCAAACCGAAAAGCAGCUAUACCAGGUUCUUGAGCAGAAAGAGGAAAAGAUCGCACCUGGGGCACUCUAUGGAUCAAGCCAUACGUAUGUUGUCGGGGCACAGGAUAAAGCUGGAGUUAAAAGGGUUGACCUUCUUAAGAAUCAAAAGUCCGAUAAAGUGGAUGUCACAAUACACCCUGAGGAACUUGAAGUUAUGGAUGAUGUUUUGGCAGCCAAGUACGAAGAAGCUCGAGAGGAGGAAAAGCUGCGGAACCAGAAGGAAGACUUCAGUGACAUGGUGGCGGAGAAUGCGAGCAAGAGGAAGAGGAAGCAUGAGAAGGACGGGAAAUCCUCGAAAAAGAAGGACUUCAAGUUUUAGAUGGCGUCGUUGUCUCACAUUUCUUGUUGUAGCUUGUACUUCCAAGAUGUAUGUAUACAUAUGCAUGGGACGAUCGUCGUAGCAAUCAGACCUGCACCUUUGGCUUAUGAGAACGAACCGAGUAGAUGAAAAUGUAUGCGGUUGUAGUCCAUAAUAUAGUCUUGUGUUGAAGAGUAAACCAACUUUGUUGAGUAACAUUAUGGUGCAGAAUUUCCUCUUGCUAUUAUUGAUAAUCCUUCUGA